AUGGGUGGCUGAACAAUCAUAAUCACGCAAUGGAGGUACAGUAUUGGCUGUUAAGGGGCGCAUUGUUAUGACGUAACGACACAGUUUUCCCGCGGGAUGCCACUGACGCAACUAAAAUACUCAAAAACCUCAACCACUGUUUUCUCGACGAAAACUGUAUCUCUUAUAUUUUCUUUUCACUCUGACCAUUCAUGUUAUCGGUCUACUAUUAUUUAUGUUGAUUUUAAUCCUCGUCUGCUUCUGCGUCGAUGCCAAUUGUGAAAGUUUUGUGACCCUUUUACGCUUUACAUUUUUGGAAUGUCCCUUUGAGUGCUGUCGAGUUCCUCUCCGUUCAUUCCUAGUCGAGCAGGAUGGUUGAUUGAAACGAAUUUGCUGACAACAUGUAAAAUCAGAAGUCCUUCCAAAGUCCAAUAUUUAUUUGUGUGACAAGGCUGUCGUACCAGUGGUUGAAUGUCCCACGGUACCUGAAGCGCGCAUGGCUGAACUACCUGACAGUCAUGUGACGUCGAAUCAUGUGGCGCAGUCACUUCCUACCGAGCGAUCCUUCCUCUGACGCGUUUAUCAUGUCGUCCUGCUGAACAGCCAGCCGCUCAAGCAUGUUUUUACUGAACCACGGCCGGCGGCGCUUGUCUCUCGGGUGCCUGCUUUGCUUGGUGGUGAGAGUGGGAUGUUUGCUGCUCCUCUCCGGAGCUACGACGGCCACCGCUACGGCAGCGGAGGAGAAGGAGGCAGGUCCGUGGUACCAGGACCUCUGCAGCUAUGAAUGGGAGGCAAUCGACCUGGAUAAUAAAAUAAGUUACACCCUCAAGCUGUGCGAUUCGUCUCCGUUGACUACCUGCGGUGAAGGCACUGCUGUCUGCGCCCGCAACCUGACAAGCAAUGUUUACCACUCUGUCGGUGAGCUGUCCCUGCGGAGGCUGUCCGGAACCGUCCUGGAUUACAACAGUACCGUCAAAUGUGAGGGAAAUGACAACUUCAUCCAGACCACCAUCGGCUUCCAGUGUGGGAAAACCAUGGGUACUCCAGAGUUUGUGGCCGUUUCCCAGUGCGUGCAUUACUUUGAGUGGAGGACCUACGUGGCCUGCAGCAGCGACAAGUUCAAACCUCACAAAGAGGUGCCCUGCUUUGUCUUUGACACCGACGGGAAGAAGCAUGACCUCAACCCACUGAUCAAAGUCAGCGGCGGUUACCUGGUAGACGACGGGGACGACAGCGUCGACUUCUACGUCAACAUCUGCCGCAGCCUCAGUGGCGGAGAAACACGCUGUCCGGAAGGUUCUGCCGCCUGCGUGGUUACGAAGAAUGUAGGCUACAACAUGGGCUCUCCCACAAAGCCUUUAGAGCUCCUAUCCAACGACAGACUGAGGCUGCAGUACGACGUGAGCGCCGACGCGACUCCUCCCGUCUUCUGUAACGGACACUCUCCCGCCGUCACCAUCACCUUCAUCUGUCCAUCAAGCAGACAUUCGGGCAGCACUCCAAAAAUGACGGCGGAGGCCAACUGCCGCUACGAAGUGGAAUGGGUGACGGAGUACGCAUGCCACAGGGAUUAUUUGGAGAGCGACACAUGCAAACUCACCAGCCAGCAGCAUGACAUCUCCGUCGACUUGACGCCACUCACCUUGAGCUCUGCAGACCAUCCCUACUAUGCCCAUUCGCCAGACAGCGACGGGACCGGAAGCUACAUUUAUUACUUGAACGUGUGUGGAAAAGUGCCGUCGGACGAAUGCAGCAGCCUGGGGGAGUUUGUUUCCUCCUGCCAAGUGAAGAAGUCGGGCGACGUGAAGAAAGUGGCCGGGAGAUACCAAAACCAGACUCUGCGUUAUUCCGACGGAGAUCUGACUCUGAUCUACCCCGACGGCGCCAAGUGCUCCACCGGCUUCCAGAGGAUGACCAUCAUCAACUUUGACUGCAACAGGAACGCAUCCAAUGGCGGUGUGGGGGCCCCCGUGUUUGCCGGGGAGACGGACUGCACGUAUUACUUUGACUGGCAGACCGCGUACGCCUGCGUCAAGGAGAAAGAGGAUCUUCUGUGUCGGGUUACUGAUGGCAGCAAGCAUUAUGAUCUUUCGCCCCUCACUCGCUUCCCUGGGUCAGAGUUGAGUGGCAACUGGGAGGCGGUGGAUCCCAAAUCCUCCGAGUCAGAUUUGAAGCGCUUCUACCUCAACGUUUGCCACAAAGUCGUACAAACAGGAGGCGCCGAGGGCUGCCCGGAGAGUGCGGCCAUUUGUUCCGUAGACAAAGACCAGAAGAUGAUCAGCCUGGGCAGCUUCCUCUCAUCCCCCCAGAAGACCGAAAAGGGAAACGACAUCAGACUGGUGUACACUGAUGGAGACUUUUGCAGCAAAACCACACGGAUUCAAACUAUCCUGACGCUUAAGUGCAAACCAGGAGAUCUGGAGAGUGCCCCCAUCCUCCGCAGUCUUUCAUCGGAUCGCUGCGUGUACGAGCUGGAGUGGUACACGGCGGCCGCGUGCGUCCUCUCCAAGACGCAAGGGGACAACUGCAAGGUGGAGGACCCGCAGGCCGGCUUCUCUUUCGACUUGUCGCCACUCACCAAAGCUAACGGCGGCUAUUACAACUUGACCAACGACAACUACGACUACUACAUCAACGUGUGCGGCCCGGUCACAGCCGCCACCUGUCCUGAAAAGGCCGGCGCUUGUCAGGUCGAAUCGAGUAGUUGGAGUCUGGGGCAGGCAAACUCACGGCUGUCCUACUAUGACGGCCUUCUCCAGUUGACUUACAGCAACGGCUCGCAGUACAACAACCAGCAACACACGCUCCGAUCCACCCUCAUCUCCUUCCUCUGCGACCCCGAAGCCGGUGCUGGAAAACCAGAAUUCCAGGUGGAAGACAAGUACACAUAUAACUUUCACUGGUAUACAUCGUACGCAUGUCCCGAGAGGCCUCACGAGUGUCUGGUGACCGAUCCAAAAACUUUGGACCAAUAUGACCUGUCCAGCCUGUCUUACCCCUCAUCCGGCAGCAACUGGCAGGCCAUGGACCUGUCCGACUCCGCCGCCCUGCGGAAGUACUACAUCAACGUAUGUCGGCCCAUCAACGCCGUUAAGGGCUGCGACCGCCACGCGUCCGUCUGCCAGAUGAAGUACACAACCACCGAGGGCUACCCGCAAGAAGUGGUGUCUGUAAGUAACAUGGGUGUCUCCAAACGCGGCCCCAUCAUCGAAGGCCGCGACCGGCUGCUGCUGGAGUUCACAGACGGUGCCCCCUGCGAGUCAGACGGCCUAAAGCUGACGUACACCAGCCGAAUCCACCUGGUGUGCACCAGGGGAAUGCUGUCAAUGGGCCCGCGAUUCCUCAUAUACCAGAACUGCACUGCCAACUUCAUCUGGGAGACGAGAGCUGCCUGUGCCAUCACCACUACCAAGAACAGUAGCUGCGCUGUGAUAGAUCCCAACACCGGCCUGGAGUUGAACCUGCAGCCGCUCGCCUCCAAGACCGGAUACAAGACCAGCGGCAACGGAAAGGACUUCUUGCUGAACAUCUGCUCAGAUCAGGCCGAUUGCGGCGCGGGAAUGGCGGGCUGCGAACUGGAAGAAGGUCAUCCCAUCAGCCCAGUGGGGGUGGAGAAGACCCUACAGUACUCCACGGAUGGCCUCCUCAAACUGACAUAUAAGGGACCCCGUGAUGAUUCUACAGCAACGCGGGACACCUUCACCAUUAACUUGGUGUGCGAUGCAAACGCACAUUCGGGAUCAUUGAAGCUACUACGUGAGGACUUGAACACCCUGCCCAGCCACGUGGUCCACGACGUCCUCUUCGAGUUCUCCACCGCACUGGCGUGCGUCCCCGCGCCGGUGGACUGCCGCGUCAUCGAUUCCCGUGGCAACGAGUACGACUUGAGUCACCUGGUCCGAGGCGGAGAGGACAACCCCUGGGUUGCCAUAGAUACGGACGCGGUGAAAUCGCGCAGCUUUUACAUUAAUGUCUGCAGACCCCUCCCCUCUCUGAAGGACUGUCCCGUGGGUCCUUUGGGCGCUUGUGCCGUAAUUGAUGGAGCCAGUUACAGCCUGGGUCUGGUCCAGGCCAGCCCGCAGGUGGCGGAGGACGGCUCCAUCAGCAUCUUGUAUCACCACGGGGACCAGUGCGGCGCGACGUCUCGCUACUCCACACGCAUCAUCUUGCUGUGUGGCGACAGCCCAGGCUCCCCGAUGUUCGACCGGCAGGACGGUUGCGAGUACGUCUUCAUUUGGCGGACCUCCGAAGCCUGUCCCAUCAGGAAGUCGCAAGGUGACGAGUGCCGCGUCCGAGACCCGAGAAGUGGCUUUGAGUUCAACCUGAGCUCCCUGAAGGGCAAAGAUUACCCAGUGAGGAGCGACAAGUACAUCUACCACCUGUCGGUGUGCGGCGGCCUCCAGAGGGGCGUCUGCACCGGCAAAGACACGGGCGACGACACCGUCUCCUCGUGCCAGGUGGACGGAAGCAACCACAAGAUAGCAGGGGUGGCGAACCAGCGUCUGAUCUUCGUGGGAGAUCAGCUGAUCUUGAACUACACCAACGGCGAGACAUGUCACAAGAUCUACCAGCGGUCCACAGAGAUCCACUUCUCCUGCCACCCUGACAUGCACCCUGGGGUGCCAGAAUUCAUCAAGGAGACUCCAGAUUGCACCUACUUGUUCAACUGGGCAACCGCAUUGGCGUGCCUCCCUGUCAAAACCACCAGCUGCUCAUCCCAUGACAGUCAGGGCCACUCCUAUGACCUCUCACCUCUGGCCAUGGAGGCCCGCAACUGGGAGGUGACGGCUUCGACAGAGGACACCAGCAAGAGAUUCUACAUCAAUAUCUGCAGGUCGCUGGUGCCGCAGGGAGGUUCGUGGAAGUGUCCCUCCGGCAGUGCAUCCUGCGUGAAGAUCGGAGACCAAUACGUGAGUCUGGGUCAUGUGACGAGCGGCCCCACGUGGGACACGAGCGUGCUGAAGCUGCAGUACAGCGGCGGCCAAGCCUGUCCUGACGGAGUCCGCAACAGGAGUACCAUCAUUCGCUUCAAGUGCGACAAAGACCAAGUUGACUCUCGUCCAACUCUCAUUUCCGCCAUUGAGGACUGUUUGUACACCUUCGUGUGGUUAACGGCCGCUGCCUGCCCAUUGAACAGCAGCCAGCACGACGGCUGCAGAGUCGCCAAUCCAGCUACAGGUCACUUGUUUGACCUGAACAGCCUGAGACGGGAUGGCGGUUACACGGUGUACGACCACGACAACCACAGCAGGAUGUUCCGCGUCAACAUUUGCGCGGACAUGGCCAACGCCGGCUGUAACCCAGGAACCGCGGUGUGCAUUAAAGACGUCAACACUGCGCUGAGCGGUGGCCAGACCAGUGGGAAACUCUCGUACAAGGAUCACGUGGUGGAGCUGAUGUAUGAGGGAGGAAGUCCAUGCCCCGCCAAUCCCGCCCUCAAGCACAACACCGUCAUCCACUUCAUCUGCCGACCACCCAGUAUGAGCUCUGCCCUACCGGCACCAGUCCUCAUUGACUCCAACGCAGACACGUGCACGCAUUUGUUUGCCUUCCACACUCACCUUGUGUGCGAGCAGCCUGUCACAUGUUCUGUCCGGAACGGCUCCAACACGAUUGACCUAUCUCCUCUGAUCCACUUCACUGGAUACUACACCGCCACAGACGACGCGGUGGACGAAAAUGAUGACUCUCCAGACUUUUACAUCAACAUUUGUCAGCCUCUGAACCCCAUUCCCGGUGUCACCUGCCCGCCUGGCGCCGUAGUCUGUAUGGACCCAGACAACGGACCCCCAAUUGACAUCGGGCGGACGACGAGCGGCCCUCAGAUCAGCGCCACGGGCGAUGUGUCCAUCACUUAUUUCAGCUCCACCCGAUGUGCUUCGAACCUGGCACAAAACUACACCUCCACCAUCAUCUUCACCUGCCAGCGAGGCGUGGAGCUGGGAUCCCCGCACAUGCUGAGGCUGCAGGGCUGCGUUUACGUUUUUGAAUGGGCGACCCCUAUCGUGUGUUCUGAUGCCACCCACACCAGCGGAUGCAAACUGGUUGACACUCAGCUGCAGUACACUUUUGACUUGUCGACGUUGACAGGCCAAGUGCAGGUUCCGCUGGACACCUCCACCAGCUACCUCAUCAAUGUGUGCAGCUCGGUGGCCGAGCCCACUUGCAACGACGCCGCCAUUUGUCGCGUGGCGGGCUCGGGCAAAUCGGCGGUGUCGUUCGGCAUCAGCAAGGCCAUGACCAUGGAUUUCAAGCACGAAGAGCAAGCCGUGCUGAUGCAGUACGGCGGCGGCGAUCCGUGCCCACCCAUGACGCAUGAAGGUGAGCCGUGCGUGUUCCCCUUCACGUUCAUGAAGCGGUCGUACACUGAAUGCACCACGGAUGACAGGACCGAUGGCAAAAAGUGGUGCGCCACGACCGGCAACUAUGACAAGGAUAAAAAAUGGGGCUUCUGCGAGCCAGCCUCUGCCAAGCGCCGGUCGUCCAUCCUGUUUACCUGCGACCCGUCCGCGGGGCACGGCUCCCCGCAGCUGUUGUCGGAAACGGCGGGAUGCUCGGCAACCUUCCAGUGGCGAACGAGCGCCGUGUGCGCCCCGCGGAAGAUGGAGUGCAAGCUGGUCAGUCAGCAUCAAACCUUCGACCUGCGAGGCCUCUCUUCCAUCACAAAGCCGUGGAAGUUCAACCACGACGGCGACUCGUAUUUCGUCAACCUGUGUCAGGGGAUUCAUAUAGGACCGCCGGGUUGUGACGAGGGGGCCACCGUGUGUCGGCACGCGGCAGACGGAACCACACAGACGCUGGGCCGCGUCCACACUCAGAAGAUGAGUUACAAGGACGCCAUGAUUUCGGUCAACUAUUCAGCCGGCGACGCCUCUUGCGGUAACGGCGUGCCAGCAAAGACGGAGAUCCAGCUGAGUUGCGGCACCACUCUCGGACACCCGGCCAUCAUCAACAUCGACAGGGCAUCCUGCCUCUUUGUGAUCGGCUGGGAGACCCGCUUGGCAUGCGCCGUCAAGCAGCGUGAGGUCGAGAUGGUCAACGGCACCAUUCAGAACCCCAACACGGGCGCCCGCCUCAGUCUCGGGGAGCUUUAUUUCAGUCCGCACCAAGCCUCCGGAGACAUCAGAGAUAACGGCGACCACUACAUCUACCACAUCCAACUGUCCGGGCUCACCAACAGCUCUCUGCCCACCUGCGUGGGCGCCAACAUAUGCCAGGUCAAACUCAACGGAGCCUACAGACGGCGGAUCGGAUCCUCCAGCAAGGCCAAAUAUUGCAUUAAAGGUGGCAACCUGGACGUGACGGUGUCCUCGGACUCGACGUGCGGGCGCGAGAGAACCAAAACGGCGUCGUCCACCAUCAUGUUUCAGUGCAACCCGACGGCUGGCGUGGGCAUCCCCAAGUUCAUGCGGGAGACUGACGAGUGCCAGUACAUGUUCGUGUGGCACACCGACGCCGUGUGUGGCCUCACGACUGUGGACACACAGACGCAAGAUGACGAAGACAGCGACCUCCCGGCUCUUUCCAGGAGGAGUCAGGUGUUGGCCGUGUUGCUGAGCCUCCUGAUGGCGGGCGUGAGCGUUUGUCUACUCGCGCUGGUGCUGCGCAAGCGAGAGCGAAGAGAAUUGAUGAUGCAGAAGGUGGCCGGCUGCUGCAGGAGAGGCAACCAGGUCUCCUAUAAAUAUUCCAAGGUGAACAUGGACGAAGAUGCGGGCGAAGACGAGAUGGAGUGGCUGAUGGAGGAACUCGAGGCUCCUUCUGCGACCUCUUCCACUUUGUCCUUCUCCUCUUCGCAACGGGGCCGCAGUCACCAAAGCAACGGGCACAUCAAAACCAAGCCGGUCAACACGGACGGCCUUCGUUCCUUCUCGUUGGACGAGCAGGAGGACGACAGCGAGGACGAGGUGCUCAGCGUUCCCGGAGUGCGUGUGGUCAAGUCAUCCAUCGCCCAUCGCAGCGUUUUCCUGCAGGAGGAGAGCGACGAAGAUCUGGUGGGCCUCCUGGAUGAGCCCGAACGAAAGCGUAGGAGCCAGAAAGCUCGCUCGGCGGCCGGCCGCCACAAUAACAACGCGGCACCUAAAGCCAAGCGGGAGGACGACGACGACAACAGCGAUGAGGACCUCCUGCGGGUGUAACUCACCCUCCGGGACUGCACUCUCUCUCUCUCUAUCUCUCUCUCUUGCUCUCUCUCAAUCUCUUUCUCAGUGAAUGUCGCCAUAGAAACGCCCUCAGCAUUACUGACACUUCCUCCCACCCCCUUUUUGCUGCCAUUUUGUUAUUUAUUGAUUGCUCCCGUUUAUUUAAAAAGUGUUUCCUCACCGUUGCUCUGGAAGCGAUCAUGAUGGGCAAGUUGGCCACCGGGCGCCACGUUUGUCCACAACGGUGUUGUUUUUUUUUUGAUUGUAGCCGUGCCAUUCCGUUAGCACUUUAUCUCAAAGCGAGUGUCUCUUUGCAGAUUGUUUAAGACUGAAGGUUGUACGCGGCAGCAAAUGUGGCGCAGCAAAUGGUUCGAGCGGCCGUGAAAACGACGAAUACACUCUCGACGUAGGCGGUGAAGGUUAGUCGUCGUCCGGCUUUAAAGGGAAUAAAGAUGCUCGGGUGUCAGAUUGUUUACGCUCAACAUAACAUGCUAAUAUUUACGCCCCCUGAAAAGAGAACGUGAGGCUUUUUUUUUUUUUUUUUUUAAAGAUUGUUCUCGCAUUUUCGUGCUCAGUCUAGACGAUCCGUUUGUUUGUUUGUUAUUUUACGAUUAUUUAAGCGUGAUUCUACGAACAGAUGUCAGGUGAACGUUCUCAGAGUGGCCUUGUGAGUAAAGUUGCCCUGUCAAAGCCAUAUUUCUACGCCUGUUGUCAUUGCUUUUUGGUUGCGCUGUCAAAACGGUCGUCAAAUGUGUAUUUUUCCCCACACAUAUUUUGGGGUGAAAAUGCCAGCUAAAUGAUGACGACUCACAAUUUUUUUUUUCCUCUGAAAAUCAAAGUAAUCAAGGGUUGACCACUUCAUCAAAUAAUUGCCUCCGACACAUAAACGCUCCCCGUUUCCACUUGAAUAAACGCCUCAGCCCACAUAAUCACUUCAGUAAAUAAAUGGCACACUUCAGAUAAACAAAAAAAUAUAUCACUUGAGGAAAUAAAUACCCUGUCUUCACCAAGGAAAAGAAUAAAUCGAUGAUCAGUUGUUGGCCACUUGAGAAAAUAAAUGCCUCACCUCAAACAAAUUAUUUAAACUAUUUUAUCACUUUUGAAAAAAAAUGUUGGCAUUUGAGUAGACAUAAGAAAUGCCGAGUACGUUUCAGUGACGAAGCUUCAAAGCGUUAAUGUUGACCAGUAUUUAUUCAACAUUUCAAUGAAUAAAUUCGGUAUUAUCGUCAAAUCUGUGAGGAAGUCUAGCUUUGGUACGUGAAUAUGUUUGGUACUGUCGCAACAAUGUGAAAAAAUUGCGGGGAUUCACCCAUGCAUUGUCUGAGAUUUUGAAAAGGGGGAGAAAAAAAUUUGGGGGAGAAAAGCACAAGUGCAAUCAUAAUCACCAUCCUGCUUUUGUCGUCUCAAGUUUGUGCUUGUUUUCCUAUCGAAAAGAACCUCCAUGUACUGAUGUCUUGAAAGUUUUGAUUUUUAUUUUUUUUGGAAUGAACACCUCAUGAAUGAC